AUGGCAGAGAAAUCAGACGAGGAUGUCCUGAACACGGGCGAUAUUAGGAAUUGGCGGUCAAUUGUGACCCUCCUUGUCUUCAUUGUCACAAAUAUCGUCGUUCUGGCCCCCUUUCACCUUCCGAUAUACGUCCCCCGGCGCCUUGUGGAGAGCAUCGUCGAUGCUCUCAGUGCGCUGCGAAUAAUACCCGGCAGGAAACCGCGGUUUCAGCAUGAUCCCGCUUCUGAUGGUGAGGAGCCGGAUGAUGAUAAUGAUGAUGAUGAUGAUGAUGAUCAGAACGGCAAAGUGAAACGCAAGCCUUUUGUACGAUGGAACUUCCCCAUGAAUUUUGUAACUGCGCCCUUGAUAGCGGACCUUUUCCUGCUGGCAAUUCUAGCUAUAGGCCUCGAGGAAGUGCGUGGCGGGACGCUGGGAGCGAACAACAUAUCCCCGCUUGAUAUCAUGGCUUUCUUCAUUACGCUGGCCUACAUUGCUAUUUCAAUCGACGCGUCUGGGCUUAUUAGGUUCCUGGCAUUCAAGGUGCUUCAAAAGGGAGGCAAGGUCGGGCACCGGCUUUUUUUCUACCUCUACACGUUCUUCUUCGGUCUGGGAAGCUUCAUUGGCAAUGACCCCAUUGUUCUUUCUGGAACUGCGUUCCUCGCCUACAUGACGAGGGUGUCAAGCAAUAUCAUUCAUCCCCGAGCCUGGAUCCAUACGCAGUUCGCUGUGGCCAACAUCGCGUCCGCAAUUCUCGUCUCCUCCAACCCAACCAACCUAGUCCUCGCGGGUGCCUUCGAGAUCAAAUUCAUUGUCUACACAGCACACAUGAUCGUUCCAGUGGUUGCCACAGCCAUUGUCUUAUUUCCAUUCUUGUUAUACAUCAUCUUUGCUGAUCCGGCCUUGAUCCCAUAUUCCAUUGAGAUGCACGAGCUGUCAGAGGAAGCAAAAGCCAAGAAGCCCGUGAAUCCUAACAUUCCUCAUGCUCGCGGAUUGUCUGAGGAGGAUGAAGCCAAUGCGAAUGAUGACCAGGUGAAGCUUCUUUCCCUAGAGGAAAUUAUGAACCCUUUCCUGGACAAAGGCGGUGCGGCUUUCGGAGCUGUCAUCAUGACAGCCACUCUUGUUACUCUGCUGGCUCUCAAUGCUGCAACUCAGAAUAAUGGCCAUCAUCCUAUUUUUUGGGUUACUUUGCCUGCCGCAUUUGUUAUGUUUUGCUGGGAUGUCGCAUUCGGAUGGUACAACCGGCACGAGACUCGUGAGAUUGCUCGCAGAGGUCGACAGGAGGUUGAGAAUGCUCGAAUCGAACAUAUGCUUAGGGCAGAGGAAGAAAUGCGACUUGCGGCUCUAGCGCAGAAAGAGCGGGAUUCGAUAGAUGUGUAUGAGGUCCCUCUAGUGCUCACACAGUCGCCAGAGCCUCAGCCCAGCCAUGAUGGCCGCCGUGAUGCUGGUGGCGGGGGCGGAGUCAGUAUUUCGAAUACUGAUGACGAUAUCACGUUGGAGGUAGAUGCUUCCAAGCAUGUUCCCAUAAUCCUUACCUCUGAGAAAGGUGACCAACCAACCCUCGUCUCAACACCUCCCCGUGAACCAUCACCAUCGUCUGACCGUGGACCAGCAACGCUCGUCUCGCUCCUUAAGAACGCCUACCGAUGGACACAGGAUACAUUCCCUACUGUCACAGCUGUAGUGGCCCACCUACCCUUCGCUCUUGUGCCGUUUGCAUUCACCAUGUUCGUGCUUGUCCAAGCGCUUGUCACCAAAGGUUGGGUGCCCGUGUUUGCUUAUGGAUGGGACCACUGGGUGAACAAAACAGGCACAGUCGGUGCCAUCGGCGGCAUGGGCUUUCUAUCUGUGAUAUUGUGUAACUUUGCCGGCACCAAUAUCGGCACCACAAUUCUCCUCUCCCGCGUCAUCCAAGCUUGGCAAAAAAUCCACGAGGUAAACCAAACCCCAAUAUCUGACCGUACAUUCUGGGCGACCGUGUACAGCAUGGCAAUUGGUGUCAACUAUGGCGCGUUCAGCACUGCAUUUAGUGCUUCCCUCGCUGGCUUGCUCUGGAGAGACAUCCUCGCCCGGAAGCACAUCAGAGUUCGGAGCCUCGACUUUGCACGAGUUAAUCUUCCCAUCAUUGCCAUCUCCAUGGCUGUUGGCCUUUCUGUCCUUAUUGGAGAGGUUUAUAUUGUCAGAGACAACACUCCCUACAAGCCUGCGGUAUGA